AUGGCCCCUGCCGCCACAGACACCCAGUGGUCGGUGGACUACGACACCCUGCGACGGGAGAACCUGUUCCAGAAUCCUCCCACGGAUCACACAGCCUACCCGUCGCUGGCCGAGUCGAUUCGGCCGCAUAUCGAUUCUUUCAAUGCACUCUUCGAGGAUAGCAAGAUUAUGGAGGCUGGAUUGAGAGAUAUCGGUACCAAGACUUUUCUCGAUGGAGAGCUCGAGACCUAUGAACAGAAAAAGGCCCGUCAAGCCGAGGGUCUUCGCCCACCGAAGCGGAAUCGUCUGAACGUCCGCGUGCGAGAAAUCUUCCUCGAGAAGCCCACCCUGCCCCCCACAAACAAGUUCGCAACCCGCAACCGUGAAAUAUAUCCCUCAGAAUGCCGAGAGCGCCAUGCGACAUACCGUGGUAAGCUCCGUGCUCGUCUCGAGUACCAGGUCAACAACGGCGACUGGAUGGAGUCCGUCCGCGAGCUGGGUAACGUCCCCAUCAUGGUGCGCACCAACCGGUGUCACCUGGAGAAGGCCACUCCCGAGGAGCUUGUGCGCCACAAGGAGGAAUCUGAGGAGCUGGGUGGUUUCUACAUUGUUAACGGUAAUGAGAAGCUGAUCCGUAUGCUGAUCGUCGGCAAGCGCAACUUCCCCAUGUCCAUCAUUCGUGGUUCAUUCGUGAAGCGUGGUCAGUCUUACACAAAGUUCGGUGUUCAAAUACGAUCAGUUCGUCCCGAUCAGACAUCGCAGACCAAUGUGCUUCAUUACCUCUCCGAUGGAAACGUGACCUUCCGUUUCUCAUGGCGCAAGAACGAAUAUCUCAUCCCUGUGAUGAUGAUUCUCAAGGCGCUCGCUGAGACCAACGACCGCGAAAUCUUCGAAUCCAUUGUCGGCGGUGCUCAGUCUAAGGGCAUGAAGAACACCUUCGUCACAGACCGAGUCGAGCUUCUCCUGAGAACCUACCAUGCCUACCAGAAGCACAGCCAGUACGACUGCCGGUCCCACCUGGGUAAGGCUUUCCGCCCUGUUCUUGGUGUCCCUGCGGACAUGCCCGACGAGGAAGUUGGCACAGAGUUUCUCCGCAAGGUCGUUCUCCCUCAUCUUGGAAACGAGAAUGUCACAGAGUCUCAGGACUGGGACAAGUUCAAGAUGAUCACCUUUAUGAUCCGGAAGUUGUACUCCACCGUCGCAGGUGACUGUGCUCCUGACAACCCCGAUGCUGUCUCCAACCAGGAAAUCCUGCUUGGUGGCUUCCUGUACGGUAUGAUCCUCAAGGAACGUAUCGAGGAAUGGCUUCGAUCAUUUGGACCUAUCGCUAGAGACUGGUCUAUUCGCAACAACGGUGCCAAAUUCACCGAUUCAGCAUUUGAGCGGGACUUCCUCUCCAAGAUCGUCAAAAGAUCCAACGAGAACAUCGGUAAUGCGCUCGAGUAUUUCCUUUCUACCGGUAACUUGGUCAGUCCUACAGGUCUUGAUUUGCAGCAAACCUCUGGUUACACUGUCAUUGCCGAGAAGAUCAACUUCUACCGUUUCAUCAGUCACUUCCGCAUGAUUCACCGUGGUAGUUUCUUCGCCCAAUUGAAGACUACUACCGUCCGUAAGCUGCUACCAGAGAGUUGGGGUUUCCUUUGUCCUGUGCACACUCCUGAUGGAUCGCCUUGUGGUCUGCUUAACCAUUUGGCGCACAAGUGUUUGAUUUCUACCGGUGACCUGGAAGUCUCUCACCUACCUCGACUUUUGGUCCAGCUUGGUAUUCGGUCCGAGUCUUCUGUGGCAAUUGACGAGAGUGUGGUUGUACAGUUGGAUGGCCGAAUUAUUGGUUACUGCUCCCCGAAGCAAGCCCAGAGAAUUGCCGACACCGUUCGGUACUGGAAGGUCGAAGGAAAGCACAACAUCCCCCGUGAAUUGGAAGUCGGAUACGUCCCAAACUCAGCCGGUGGACAAUACCCCGGUGUCUACAUGUUCUCCCAGUCCGCAAGGAUGUACCGACCUGUCAAGUACCUGGCUUCCGACAAGCUGGACUUCGUGGGUCCAUUCGAGCAGCCCUUCAUGGAGAUUGCCUGUGUCGAGUCUGAUCUGAUCCCCGGUCUCUCAACACACAUCGAGUUCACCCCGACCAACAUCCUGUCAAUCGUCGCCAACAUGACCCCCUUCUCCGACUACAACCAAUCUCCCCGUAACAUGUACCAGUGUCAGAUGAGCAAACAGACCAUGGGUACACCGGGUACCUCAAUCGCAUACCGUACGGACAACAAGCUGUACCGCAUUCAGACUGGUCAAACGCCAAUUGUCCGGCCACCACUGUACAACGCCUACGGUCUGGACAACUUCCCCAACGGUAUGAACGCAGUUGUUGCCAUUAUCUCUUACACCGGAUACGACAUGGACGACGCCAUGAUUAUCAACAAGUCCGCCCACGAGCGCGGCUUCGGUCAUGGUACAGUCUACAAGACCAAGGUUCACACCUUGGCCGAGGGCGACUCCAAGCGCAGCAAGUCCAAACGCGAUGUCACCAAGCUGUUUGGAUUCGCUCCCGGCGACGAGAUCAAGGAGCAGGUGCGAGCCAUCCUCGACGAGGAUGGACUGCCUCACCUGGGUGCUCGCGUCAAGGAGGGAGACAAGAUCGCCGCCUGGCACAAUGUCCGCUUCGAUCCUGCCUCCGACUCGUUCGUCAACGUCGACGGUAUCACUCACUACAUGAAGUACAAGGAUGCUGAGGAGGGAUACAUCGACAGCAUUCGUAUCAUGGGAUCCGAGAAUGGCAACGAGCCCAUGCAAUCCCUCAGUGUCAAGUACCGCAUUCCCCGAAAGCCGGUCAUUGGUGACAAGUUCUCCUCUCGUCACGGUCAGAAGGGUGUCUUGUCACAGCUCUGGCCUGCGGUCGACAUGCCCUUCUCCGAGAGCGGCAUGCAGCCCGAUCUGAUUAUCAACCCUCACGCUUUCCCAUCCCGUAUGACAAUCGCUCAGAUGAUCGAGUCUAUGGCCGGAAAGGCCGGUGCCAUGCACGGUCUCCCCCAAGACUCAACACCCUUCCAAUUCUCCGAAGAGAACACCGCAACCGACUACUUCGGCGAGCAGCUCCGCAAAGCCGGCUACAACUACUACGGCAAUGAGCCCCUGUACAGUGGAAUCACAGGCCGCGAAUUCUCCGCCGACAUCUACAUGGGCCUGGUCUACUACCAGCGUCUGCGUCACAUGGUGAACGACAAGUUCCAAGUGCGAACCACCGGUCCCGUCAACGCCCUAACCGGCCAGCCCGUGAAGGGUCGUGCCAAGGGUGGUGGUAUCCGUGUCGGAGAGAUGGAGCGUGAUUCCCUGAUUGCCCACGGCGCCGCCUUCCUCCUGCAAGAUCGUCUGAUGAACUGUUCCGACGCCCAGCAUACCUGGAUCUGUCGCUCUUGUGGUUCUUUCCUCUCCACCCAGGUCGCCGUCUCUGGCUCGUCCCGUUCCCGUGCUGCUAUUAACCCCGGUGCUGCUGCCGCCGCUGCUAAGGCUGCUCCUAACCAGCAGAGUCACUCUCACGCUGCUGGCGCCGUUGGUGCUGUUGGAGGUGUGGCUGGUAUUGUGCGUUGUCGUCGUUGUGCCCGCGAGGCUGUCUUUGAUGACUCCCGUGCUGAGGUCUGGGAGGAUGGUAAUGGGCAGCGCUUUGUUGGUGGUGACAAUGUUACGAUUGUUGCUGUGCCUGGUGUGCUCCGCUACUUGGAUGUUGAGUUGGCUGCUAUGGGUAUCCGCAUGAAGUUCUGGGUGGAUAACUGA